GUUUUUUGGUUGCCUAUCUCUACGCGUCCUCUUAAAAAGUGAGACAUUUUCCACAAUAUGUCCAGAAUUUCAUCGACAUUUGGGAAAACAUCUGGGAAAAAGUCUUCUCAGAAGUCAUUUGGAGACAGCUACAAUCUAAGUGGCUCUCAGUCUUUGAGGAGAAGUGGCAGCAGUGGGAAUCUGAGGAAAUCUGGUAACCUGGCAGCAAGCUUUGGCAGCAUGGGUGAUAUCAGUAAAGAUGUGGAGAGUGAGUACAUCAAGAACUUACAACAGCAGGUCUACUUCCUGGAGCUAGAGGCCAACCAUCUGCGUGAGCAGGCUCGCAAGGCAACAGAUAUGCAUCCACAGAUGUCUGCUGAAGCUGAGAGAAUGCUUGGCAAACUAAGACAAAUGCAGGCCCAGGUCGAUGGUCUCCAUCUUGAGGUUGCAAGGAAGGAUUCUAAUCUUAACUCAAUCUCUACUGAAAAGAGUCGUGCUCUUGACCGUCUCAGGGAAGAGGAAGAUGCACACAACCGUGAAAAAAGACUCUUAAUGGAAGAUUUAGUGAAUCUGAAGAAGGAGAAGACCAUGUUAGAGACGGAACACUCAAGGAAAGAUACUCAGAUGAUAGAGGCUCGUAGUGAGAUGGAUAAAUCUGCCCAAGCCUUGAGGAAUGCAGAACACAAGAUCUCAAUUCUUAGAAGCCAGUUGGACCAAAGGAUUGAACAGCACAAGUUAACUCAGCUUGCUCUUGAGGAGAAGAGGUCAGACAUGUUGAGAACAGAAUCUAAUCUACGAGAACUAGAGGAGAAAUAUUACAGCAGCAAUGUUAUAUUGCAUGACAAGACAGUCAAUGAUCUUAGGGAGGAAGUCCAGAUGCUAAGACAGAAACUUAAAGAGACUGAGAUGAAGGCAGAUCAAGAUCGAUACCUCCGCACAAAACUCUCAGAUGACAGCUCCCAUCUUGUAUCUGAGAACUCGUUACUCAACCAGCAGGUCAUUGAGCUCAGGAACCAAGUAGAGAGGGAAAGAAGUUUACGAGAAAACAUAGAUGUGCGAAAAUCACAGAAUAUCACAGAAUUAGUACACGCCAAUGAGAAGAUAAAACAAAUUCAGUUUGAGGUGAACCAGACCAAAGCUUUACUACAAUCAGAGCAAGACAGAUGCAGGAGCCUUAUGGAACAGCUAUCCAAGGCUGAGUCACUGAACAGUAGCAUCCAACUUAAUCAGUCCAGUACACAGUCACGGCUAGCAGAGGUGCAAGGCGUACACUCAGUGACAGAGAGUGAGAACACUUCACUGCGUAGAGAUAAGAUGCUCCUUGUAGACCAUGUCUCUGAGCUCACAAAACAGGUACAAGACAAGGAACAAGAGAUUUUACGACUAAGGAACCACAUAUUCACACUUGAGAAUAAAGUUGGUAGCAUAGAGAAAAUGAAAGAAACUGAAACUGAAAUGCACAGUAGAAAAUGGGAAGAGUUUGAAAAACUAGCAGACAGUAUGAGAAGUCUAUCACAUACCAUGUCACGCACAGCAGCGAGUCCCCGCCACCUUGAUUACAACUAACAGCAAAUCACCGUGGUAACAGUUAUCAUGGCAGCGAUUUCUCUCCAAAUAGUUAUGAUCGUGGUAUAGUGACACCACUAUGUAAAAGAGAUUUAAUUCUACUCGUCAUGCCAGUAUGAAAAGAACUGAGAUUAUACAUAUAGGAAGACUGAGUGCUAACUAUACUUUGUGGAUAUAUUGAGAAUGUUAGUAGUGCUUCUACAUAUACUGAACAGUGUACAUGUACUUAGAAAUAGUCAUGGAAAAAAUAUGGUAUACAAUAAUACAAAGACAAUUAUAUUACUGGUACUGGUAUCAUGGACCAUAUGUGCCUUGUUCUUGUUAACAUCUGUACUUUGUGUAAAAUGUAAAUUGGAAAAAAACUUCCAUAGUGUUUUGAAUCUGAGAUCUCAUUUUGCAUGCAAAUAUAUGCAUAUUUUCAAUCCGUCCAAAUUGGUUUUUUGCCUAAUUUAUUUUUUAAUAUUUUAGUAAUACAGUUUGAUUGUCAUGGUGAUUUUAUGAUGAACAUAUUGACAACCAUACAUACAUAUAUGUAUGAAUUUAAAUAUCAUACUUUUAAAAUCACAAGUUUCUCUGUACUAUCUGUUUCAUGUCUUUUUUAAAGGUAUCUAGUUUUUGCAGACAAAAUUUUAUUGAUUAGCCUAUUGUAUGAAAUAUAUACAUUACAAAGUUCCUGUAUAUAUUGUAUAUCUAUAUUAGAGUGAAAAACAUCAAGGCUUCAUUUUCAACUGUUAAUAUCAUUAAAUGGUAUCUUUCUUUUGUGAGACAAAUAUUUAUCAGUAUAGAAACCUAAUAAUUACCUAAUGUAAUGUAAUCGAGUUGAAUCGUCUACGUCUGUCUUCUUGUAGUGCAAAUGUAGGCUUCAUGCAGAUGUAUCAGUUUUGUCACCAGAUUUUCAUCCCUCAGUUAUUUCGUCCAUGGGCGUUAUUUCAAUGAAAAAUGUACAUUGAAUUUCAGGGAAACUCAUGUUUUUGAGUUUUUGUACAUAAAAAGUAAAAACUGUAUAUUUUUCUGCCAAUAUUAUUGUUGAAUCCUUGGUCAUAAUUGAAUAGAUGUAUUUAGCUUGAGCAUAUAGCAGAUCAUUGAAAUUAUUUUGUAACUUUCAACUUUUGAAUUUCAAAUUGACUUAGGAAGCAUUUCAACCCAUCAAUAAUUAGUAAGACCAUCUUCCUUUUAUGCUCUUAUCAGGAGACUAUAUCACCAGAAGUGAUGCAUUAAGUGAUUGGCUGCACACUGAUGCGUAUUGAUUUUUAAUAAAAAAAUCUUUCAGCUUGUUACAUUUUGUAGACAUCAAGGUGUUUUGCUCAGAAGGGAUCUGGAAAAAAUCAAAUUUUAAUUUAAUUUGAAUUAGUAAUGCAAGUAAUCAUUAUAUAUUUUUUGAUUAUAAAAUAUUGUAUUAUUUAAAAUAUAUAUACACUGUACUGAUAUAAUUUAUCAAAUAAAAUAUGC